CUAGCAGACAGCACAGAAUCUUCUUCAGGCUGCUGUAAGAUUGAGCCAUGAUGACGCAAAUCUCACUCCAUACAGUUAUCAUCCUUUUUUUCAUUCUGCAAAGUAAAGUAGGAACUCUGUCUUUCAAGUUAAUGCUAACUAGAUCCAUUACCCACCAAGAAAUAACACAAAAAGCUAUUUUACAAACAACAGCAGAAGUCUGUAAGACUCAGGCACUUCAACAAGGAAGAGAUUUUGUCCAGCCAAAGGUACUGACAGUUGAGUCUCUGACAGAAGCAUGCUCAUCUCCUACAUCAGCUAAAGGUUUCCAACAAGCCAUUGAUACAGUUUGUGAUAGUAAUGCCGGGAUUGAUAAGCAUCACAUGUCGGAUGCAGAAUACCACUUUGAUGAUGAGAGUUUUGAGAAGGGACAGAACCUUAUCAAAUAUGGUGUCACAGCUGUUAAAAAUGCUGCAAAUGAGAAGAACUACGAAAUGGCAAGAGAGCGGUUGGGUGAGAUUAUGCAUACUAUACAGGAUUUCUACAGUCACAGCAACUGGAUAGAACUAGGGAAUCUUUUUCCAUACUCUAACCUGACCAGACCUGAUGGGAAAAUAGAUAAUACUGCAGGAGCCAGACCUACUUGUAGAAACUGUGAUGAUGACUGUAGUGGCAACAUCCUGAAAGACAUCAUAGAUGAGAAAAAACUGACAUCAGGAUACUUUGGAUUGAAAAAGAAACCUGGGAAAUGUAGCCAUGGAGGUUUCUUAGACUUUUCAAGUUUAUCAGAACCUAGAGGUGGAAUCAACAAAGAUACACACUCAUCCAGCCAUGGUGACCUUCAUGAAGAUGCUGCAAGAGUGGCUAUUGCUGCGACCAGAGAGCUCCUGGAGGACAUAAGAGGUUUCCUGGGAGACUCUGACUUUUUGAGAUUGAUGGGAUUCUCUCAGAGUUCAGUUCUUUGCUUUGCUAUUGAUACCACAGGCAGCAUGGGUGAUGACAUUGAUGAAGUACAACGAGUCACUUUUGACAUCACAGACAGAAUGAGAGACACUGUGUCAGAGUACAUUCUGGUGCCAUUUAAUGACCCUGACUUUGGACCGCUAAUAAGAACAACAGAUCCUGAUGAGUUCAAAUUACAGAUUAAUGCUCUUCAACCCCAUGAUGGAGGAGACGCACCAGAGCUCUGCCUCUCAGGACUCCGGCUGGCUCUGACUGGCUCUCCUCCCCAGACUAAAAUAUUUGUUUUCACGGAUGCUGAUGCAAAGGACAAAGAGUUAAAAAGCACUGUGUUGGCAUUGAUUGAAAGCACAAAGUCUGUAGUGAACUUCAUGCUGACUAAUGGUUUUGCUGCUCGUCGGAGAAGAAGUGUGGAUCUGAAUCAAGGACAGUAUCAGAAUUACUCCACCAGGAUCUCCAAUCCCUUAAAUCAGGUUUAUGAGGAUUUAGCGCUGGCCUCUGGAGGGCAGGCGAUUGAAGUUACCAAAGCAACACUUCCCCACGCCACCAGAAUAAUAGUGGAUGCCUCCACAUCUUCUCUAGUAACUGUUUUCCAAGCCGUGAGGAACCCAGGAAAAGAAGAAUCCUUCUCUUUCAUUGUGGACGAUUCACUGCAAAAUAUGACCAUCUACAUUACAGGCACUUCUCUAGUGUUCACCAUCACAAGCCCGUCAGGUGAUUCUCAGACCAAUGAAGAAUUAAAUGGAACACUAGGGUUGGUUGAGCAUGUUGGCAACUUUUACACAGUGCGUCUGUCUAUACUUGAUCAAGUAGGCCUUUGGAACAUCAACAUUGCCUCUUUACAGCCCUACACCAUCAAAGUGCUUGGCCAAAGUGACAUUGACUUCCUCUUCAACUUCGUGGAGCUAAGUGAAGGUGCUCAUUCAGGCUACAGUGUAUUGAGUGGCAGACUCCCAGAAAACCGUAAUGUUACACUGUUGCUCACCAUCAUGGGUGGGGACACUGUUAGCCCAACAGAGGUGGCUCUUGUGAAAUCAUCAGAUUCCCAGAGUAUUAAUGGAACUCUAGAAAAGCUUGCAGAUGGGAAAUUCUUAGUCACAAUGAACAGUGUCCCAGCAGGAGAAUUUGUUGUCCGUGUGAUAGGGGAGAGGAGUUCUUCACGUGCAUCAAAUGGUCGCUUUCAGAGGCAGUCCAUCACUCAACAAAGAGCUUCAAGUCUGGUUAUUACUGCUUGGACAGAUGAGGUGUGGGAGCCUGGGAAGACCCUGAGCAUCCCUUUCACAGUGGUGAACAAUAGCUCUGAUGUUCUCUUGAAUAUUAAUGCCAGGAAUGACCGUGGAUUUGCCACAGUAUUUCCCAGCAGCUUGUACGUUGGAAGUGGGAAUGGUGGAAAUAGCGCAGUAAAUAUCACUGCACCCCCAAACACUCCUUCAGGCACUCAAGUGACUCUCACCAUUGAGGCAGAAACAUCAGGAAAGAGUGAUUUCAACUAUGCUGUUCUUAAGCUUACAGUUGUUUCUCCGAUUACAGACUUCACUUCUCCAGUCUGUGAGAUCGUUAGCGUAAAUGCUAACUGCUCAGGUAACUGUAGCCUGUCAUCCUGGGAGCUCUCAGCCAACCUCACGGAUGGAAAUGGGACAGGUAUCAUGUCCCUGGUUCUGCGUCAGGGCCUUGGAUCCCUCAACACUACAACCGUAAUCGGAGGAGAAGGUGUAAACGUCACUCUAGCGUCCUACAGUGCCUCUUGUUGUUCUGAAGUCAUGGAACUGGUUGCUGUAGAUGGAGCUGGCAAUGUUGGCACAUGCUUAAAGUCAAUAACAUCUGCUGUUACCACCACAUCCAACAGUUUCAUGUCUACCACUUCUACAACAAACAGCCAGACUACAGCUACAGCUACAACUACAGCUACGACAACAGUAACGACAAAAAUAACGAUGACUUCCACUCCCUCCACUAAUGCCACAUCCGACAGUGAUGGAUGCCCUUCUGAUCCACCUAGCAGUUUUUGGCUUAGUCUGGGAGCCUUUCUGCUUGUCCAUGUGUUAUGCUUCUAACCUUUUUAUACUACAUGCCUUCACAUUUAUAUUUCACUUUUGCAGUUGAUUCCUGUGUUGAUUAAUAAAAGUAUAUUAAAACUUGAUUUUUUAACAUAUAUAAAUUAGAUAAUCAGUUUCGGAUCUGAUUUGACCUGGGCUGCAUUUCCCAAAAGCAUCAUAAGCCUGAGUUGAUUUUAGCUCCUUUGGUGACAAUUGAAUUGACUUUGAUUUAAUAAUUUUUUUUUAUUUUAUUAUUUGAACAGACAAAUGGUGAUAGUAAUAUAGCUUAAACUGACCAUUUUAAAUCAGAAAAAUCAAAAGUCUGUACACAUCAUACUAUAUUAUACUAUACUAUGUCAUACUUUACACAGAAUGGCUGGCUUUAUGUAAAGAGGCAGUUUCUUGUGAUUCAUAGAUUAAUCAGUUUUUCUUUUAACAUGUAUGACGAUUAUAUUAACACUUAAAAUUGCUUUAUGGGUUGAGCAUUAAUGUUUUUGCUGAACAUAAAACACAUGGGUAUAACUUUAAUAAUGCUUAAGAAUACAGUCCCUAAUGAACAGGUGCAUCUCAAUAAAUGAGAAAAGUUCAUUUCUGUAAUUUACCUCAAAUUGUGAAACUCGUGUA